UGGCAUAUAUAAAGCUCAGCCAAUUAUUUCCUUUCCCUUGUUUGUUAUCCAAAGUUAGAGUAAAUGAAACUACAUGAAGUCUAAGAUACUGAUAUUUUAGCUAGCAACCUUGCUGUCUCUAGUAGUUUCCAUGAUAUGGUUCACUUUGAAUUAUUAGCACCCAUGAGAACAGCACAAAAGUGACUGGUGCCCUACGAAAUUGUAGUGGUAAAGUGUGGAAUUCAAAGUGAGAGUCUUACCAGUUUGCUAAUUACAGUGGAGGGGAACAGAAGUAUACCUGUAACUUAAGCUGUCCUCCUGAGUCCUAGUCAAAGAAGUCAAGCAUGCCCGGUGCAGGCAGUGGUGAUGUUCAAGAGAAGCAGCUUACAGCUGACACCGAAAAGGAGAAAAACCUGCUACCUGGUAGAAGAAACAAUGCUGGAAACCUGACUCUGCCUGAGAAGAAAGUCCAGGAGGCUAUUUGUGUGCUGCUGGUGGAGCUGUGUGAGAGGUUCACAUUCUUUGGCAUCGUCUGCAAUAUGAUCCUCUUCUGCACUGUCAGACUUGGCUAUCGCAACUACCAGGCUGCCAUUGUAAAUAUGUGCUUUGUGGGCACCUCCAUGCUGACACCAGUGCUGGCUGGCUGGCUCGCUGAGUGCCUUGUGGGGCGGAUCAAGCUGGUGUGCAUCUGCAUGUUUCUACACUUCCUAGGCACAGCCCUGCUACCCAUUGUGGCUUUCCCUUUUGAAGAUAUCUACAUUGACAAACGACAUAUUCUUCUUCAUACACUAACCAAAAAGGAGCAGAAAAUAGUGUUCUACUUUGCACUACUCACAGCUAGCCUGGGAAUAGGGGGCAUAAGAGCUAUAGUUUGUCCACUAAGUGCAUACAACCUUGAGAACUGCGGACCGAAGGAACUUCUUUCUUUUUUCAACUGGUUUUAUUGGCUGAUUAACUUAAAUUCAGCAGUUGUCUUUGUCAGCAUCUCUUAUAUCCAGCAAUCUGUGGCGAGAAAUCUUGGUUUUCUUCUCCCAUUUGUGUCUGUGCUUAUGGCCAUGAUCACAAUUCACAUGGUGCGUGGAGAAAUGAUUUACAAACCCAAAACAGACAGUUCCCUUCUGACAACUUUUGGGGUAAUUGGUAGUGCACUGAAAAUGUGCUGUGUGCGGUAUCGCUACUUUAGUGGAGAUGUAUCCAGCUGGUUAGAUCAUGCCAAGGAAUAUCACGGUGGUCAGUACAGUGAGACUCAAGUGGAAAGUACAAAGUCACUUGCCAGGCUCUUCCCGUUGUUUGCUUUCCAAAUUCUUUACAGAACAUGUAUUAUGCAGAUUCCUUCAGGAUAUUAUCUCCAAACCAUGAAUUCCAACUUGAACUUCAGUGGAUUUGUAUUGCCAAUUGCUGCAAUGAAUGUGAUAAGCAUUGUGCCACUACUGAUUCUUGUUCCAAUUUUGGAAUGUAUUAACUCAUAUCUCUUCAGCUCCAAGGGAAGUGGACAUUCUCCAACGAUUUACAUUGUUGCAGGUCAAUUAUCUGCUGCACUUUCUGUGAUGGCUGCUGGCUUCUCUGAAAUACACCGAAAGCAUUUUCCUCAAGUGGAACAGACCCUUUCUGAGGAGGUUCUCCUGGUCUCAUCCAUGCCUUGCUUCCACUUAGCUCCUCAGUACAUCCUGCUUGGAGUGGCUGAAGCCUUGGUAACUCCCUCUUGUUCGUUGCUAUCAUUCUGGCUUGUACCGGAAAGAAUUCGAGGAAUUUCCAUGCAUUUUUUAACUCUCUUCAAUGGAGCUGGCUGCUUUAUGGGAGCUUUCUUUGUUCAGACAGCUCACACUGGCACUCAAGGCAACUGGUUUCCGCACUUGCUACAUGAAGGUAAAUUGGAGAGAUUCUUCUUCUUCUUGGCUUCCUUGAUGAUGGUGAACACCUUUGGGUUCUGGACCAUUGCACACAGAUACAGCAAUCUGAACCAGGAGUAUAUCAGUGAGUUCAGAGGAAGUCUUUCUGAGGAAAAAGAAGUCUGUCUGAAGCAUGACAAAGUUGUUGAGCACUAUGGUAGUGUCCUGGAUCAUUCUUCCAUUUUGUCUCCUAUGGAGACAACCUGAAAAGUUUCACCCUUCUUGGAUUAAAUUUUGCUUGUUAACUGCAAGCUUUCUAAUGAAAAAUAAUGUAGUGCACUUUAAUGGAACCACCAAUGUAGUUACUAAUCACCUUAGGACUAAUGUUAUUUAUAAGUUUACAAAAUAGCAAUUGUCUUAGGAUUUAGCCUUGUAGGAUGCUGCACUGUCAUAAUGCAUGCCACUGACAAUGAGAGCUCACUGCUUUGCAUGGUUGAUGUAGAGAUGCUUUUAAUCUGUAUAGGAAAAAGGACAGGUAUUCAUGUGCAUUUAUGAUUAAUAAUGAUUAAAAAAUAAUAAAUUCAUGUAUAUAUUUGUUUAGCAAAUUACUGUGACAGUAUCAUUUGAAAAUAACUUUGUAGGCAGUAUUAAUUAAUUCAUACUUGUGAAGGUGGGAGCCUUGUGUUAUUCCUUGUUAAUAUUUAUCUGAUCUUUGAUUUCAGCAAAUUGCUACUUCACCUUAGUUUCCUUUUCAGGAAAAUGGACACCGCCAUGCUAAACUUUUCUAGAGAUUGCCUUGAGGUCUACCAGGAGUUCACUGAUAUUAUAAGCUAAUGACAAAUCUGUAAAAAUCUGAUGUGAGAUACUUGUGCUGAGGCAUCUAGCCAUCACUUUAACAGAAACAUUGUGGGAUUUGUCAUUCCUAGAGGAUGUUAUACGGUAAUGUUACUAGUGUGAGAUCCAGAGGCUACAACUUAUUUAGAUCAAAAUAACUAAUUGUUACCCAGUUGGAGAGGGUGAAAGGUGUUAGGAAGAUGUUAAGGGAAGUGUGGAUACAGCUGCAAGUUGAGGAAGAAACUAUUAACAAAAUUGAAAUUAAUGAAUUAAUGAAAUUAAUCUUAAAAAUCUAAACAGUGUUAAGCACUCCCAAAACUCGCUGAUCAAACCUUUUAAAGUCAUAUUAAUAAAAUGAUAAUGAGGAAAGUAUUAGGGUUAUCAUGUAAUAAAGAAACAUACAAAACCCAAAAACUAGAGGAACACUUUGAUUAAAAGUUGAUAGAGUUGAAAAUUUAAGUCAUCAGAAUGCUACCAGACACAAGAAAUGCUAUACAACAGGAGAAAUCACACUGAAUGCACACAGUGCUUUGAAGUGACACGGUAGUUUAUGCACUGAAACUGUAAAAGAGUUGAUGAAGGUAAUCACAGUAUUGUUAUCCAUUUAACCAUGCUGCAGGUAUAGGCUGGGGUGGGGAGCAGUGAGGGGGAAGCAAAAUGCUGUAAGUAUAUCUAAGAAGUAAGAGGGAAGGCAGUCAGGAUUGUCUCAGAGCUGUUAGUUUGAUCUCACUAGUAUUUAAG